AUGGAAAAUCCUAAGGAAAGAGAAGAGAAGCAAGCAAGCAUGUCUCAGAAGAGCACUGAUGAUACUGGUGCGCCAGAAGCAGCGGAUGUGGAGAUGCCGGACGUCCUUGAGACGAACUCGACGGGGUCUAGUGAUUAUGUUGAACUAUGGGUAGAUCUAUUUUUGGGAAAGAAAGGCCAUGAAUACUUCUGCGAUGUAGAUACGGAUUAUAUGACGGACCGGUUUAAUCUGAUUAACUUGCAAAAGACGGUCAUCAAGUUUACGCAGGUAAUUCAGUACAUGGUAGAUGAAUUGGACGACUCGACGUUGGAAGCGAUGUCCCGGACGAAGCUCAACCAACUUGAAUCCGAUGCAAGGAAGCUAUACGGAUUAAUCCACGCACGGUAUAUAAUCACAAUCAAGGGCUUGCAGAAGAUGUUGCAGAAGUACCGCGACGCGGACUUCGGUAGGUGUCCCCGUGUCCAUUGCAACUUCCAGCCACUUCUGCCUGUCGGUCUCCAUGAUGUACCUGGCAUCGAUUGUGUCAAGCUCUACUGCCCAUCAUGCGAAGACCUCUACAUUCCAAAAUCCUCUAGACACAGUGGUAUAGAUGGGGCUUACUUCGGCACCAGUUUCCCCGGCAUGUUCUUGCAAGCCUUCCCUGAAGUCGUUCCAAAGCACCCCACUAAGCGGUAUGUUCCUAAGGUGUUCGGAUUCGAGCUUCACAAACAGGCCCAGCUAGCCCGUUGGCAAGAGCUCCAAAGAUUAAAGUUAGAGGGUGAACUUCAACAUAAGGGCGUAGAUCUAACCAAGAAUGGCGGUUACAAGAAAUGA